AUGGGCGGCGAGACACGGCGCCCAUCGGGGGACGACUCGGAGAUCUCGGGUUUGCCGGCUGCCCUGGCCGCGUCUCGCCCCCCCGGUACCUCCGACAGCACGGGCCUCGGCUGCUCCUGUCUCUCGCAGAUCAUUGCCUUUGACGAGCUGCGCACAGACUUCAAGAACCCCAUCGACCAGUGCAACCCAGCCCGCGCGAGAGAACGCAUCAAGAACAUCGAAAGGAUCUGUAACCUGCUGAGGAAGCUGGUCGUCCCGGAGUACUCCAUCCACGGGCUGUUCUGCCUGAUGUUCAUGUGCGCUGCAGAGUGGGUGACCCUGGGCCUCAACAUCCCCCUACUCUUCUACCAUCUGUGGAGGUAUUUCCAUCGGCCAGCGGAUGGGUCAGAGGUCAUGUAUGACCCUGUGAGUGUGAUGAACGCCGACAUCCUCAACUACUGCCAAAAAGAGUCCUGGUGCAAAUUGGGCUUCUACCUGGUCUCCUUCUUUUAUUACCUGUACAGCCUGGGCGACUACGGCGGCCUGCUGGGGUCAGGGCGGACGGGGAUCAGCUACGUGCGCAGAUCGCGCUCUGGGGCGGGGCUAGCGGAGCAGGCCCUGCGCGGCUCCCGGCGCGGAUUGGCUGGAGCCUCGCUGCCCCCCCCUUCCAAUCACCUCCGAGCCUGCGGCAUGACUUCGUUUUGUACUGUGCGCGAAAAAAGCAGCGACCCCUGUCGGUGCUGA